GCAGACGAAUCUUAUCUCAUAGGUCCGGCACCAUCAUCCGAGAGCUAUCUGAACAUCGAUAAAAUUAUCUCCGUGGCUCAGAGGAGCGGUGCACAGGCAAUUCACCCGGGAUACGGAUUCUUAUCCGAGAAUGCAAAUUUUGCCGAACGUCUCGCUAAGGAGAGAAUUACCUUCAUCGGACCACCUGCUUCGGCAAUGAUUUCCAUGGGAUCAAAAAGUGAAUCGAAAGAUAUCAUGAUAAAAGCAAACGUCCCGGUGGUUCCCGGUUACCACGGAUCAAACCAGGAUCCUCUGUUCUUAAAAACAAAAGCCUCGGAAAUUGGAUAUCCGGUGUUAAUAAAGGCCAUCAAAGGAGGCGGUGGCAAGGGAAUGAGAAUAGUCAACGACCCAUCCGAAUUUGAAAUUCUACUCGAAUCCUCCAAACGAGAAUCAAUAAAAUCAUUUGGGGAUGAUCAAGUUCUCAUCGAAAAAUACUUGUCAACACCCCGACAUGUUGAGGUGCAAGUGUUCGCCGAUACUUUCGGAAAUGUCGUUCAUCUAUUUGAACGAGAUUGCUCUGUUCAGAGGCGACACCAGAAAAUCUUGGAGGAAGCACCGGCUCCGGGCAUAACUCAUGAGGUACGACAGGAGCUCGGGGAAAAAGCGGUUGCGGCGGCUAGAGCCGUGAAUUAUGUAGGAGCCGGUACGGUGGAAUUCAUUAUGGAUAAUGAGGAUAAAAGAUUUUAUUUUAUGGAGAUGAAUACGAGAUUGCAAGUGGAACACCCAGUGACCGAGAUGAUUACCUCCACCGAUCUAGUUCAUUGGCAGAUUGAGGUCGCAUCGAGCAAUCCCUUGCCCUUAAGUCAGGAAGAUUUGUGCAUUAAUGGUCACGCAUUUGAGGCUCGUAUAUAUGCAGAGAAUCCAUCAAAUAAUUUUCUUCCGGAUACCGGACCGUUGCUUCACAUCUGCCCACCUCAAUUAUCACAAAAUGUUCGGUUAGAAACCGGUUUCGAACAAGGAGAUGAGAUUAGUGUACAUUAUGACCCGAUGAUUGCAAAAUUGGUGACCAAAGGUCAGGAUCGUACCGAAGCCUUGAGAAUAUUGAGGAAGGCUUUGGAAGAAUAUGAGAUUGUUGGUUUAAAUACCAACAUUGAAUUCCUAAAAGGCGUCGCUUCGCAUCCUGCCUUUAUUCGGGGCGAAGUUGAAACGGGAUUUAUUAAUAAAUAUGAAAAAGAAUUGUUUACAACAAAAUCGGAAACUCCGACUGCCAUAAUUCAGGCUGCUCUAUCGCUUAUAUUAAGUGAACACCAAACCUCGUCUCGAGAAAAUCCGUGUGAUCCAUGGGUCUCUAAUCCAUACUUUCGAUUAAAUAUCACUCACGCUCGCACCCUCUUAUUCCAUGACCAAAAUGAUAAUGAUAUAAAGGUUGGCGUUGAAUUCCUUUCGGGAAACCGGUAUAAUAUUACCAUCAAUCGUUUAGUAGACGACGGUGAGGUUAAAAUUGAAAAUGUGGCAUGUGAAUGGGAUGACGCUGAAAGAGUAAUCACGGUCGAUAUCGGAGAUAGACGAUAUAAGAGCCAUGUUCUUUUAGAAAAGAAUGAAAAGGUUAUCGUGUUUGAUCAGGAUGGAAAAAUGGUACUGAGAAUUCCGGAACCCGCGUACCUUCGUGCUGGAAUUUCUGACAUGGCACAUUCGGUGAAAACUCCGAUGCCCUGUAAAAUCUCUCAGCCCGGUCAAAAAGUUGAGAAAGGAACACCUUUAAUCGUACUGGAAGCCAUGAAGAUGGAG